CGGGAAACUCUAGCAGUUUUUAGGAAAUCACUUUCUAAAAUGAUAUAAUCAAUUCAGUUCUUCCCUUCCAAAUUUCCUGUUGAAAGGUCGGGAAAAUUGGAGGUGUUUCCACGGCGAAUGCCUGGCCUUCAAAUUCUAUUGAAUUUACAUUUAACUUAAUAGGUAAAGAAGUUAAGAAAUGAAGCAGCUAAGAAGGGAGUUAAGCUGCGGUUGAUGCCUGUUGGUUUUCAAGCAAGACUAGAAAAUACUAGUUGUUUUCAUUUUAAGUAAGUUCGUCCGUUUGUAUAUAUCAUUACCACAAUUCUUAAUUACGAAAUCAAUCACGAAAAUUGCGUUUUCUUCUUACUCAUGUGCGUUUAUAGAACUAAAGCUAUAUUGUGGAGAAUAAAAUGGGAAUUUCCUCAAGCAAAUACUCAUUAUGUUGAGGCAAAGUAUGUUUUUGUUUUUGGUUUGUGAAAGUGUCAAUGUGUUCAUUUUGUCACGGGAUUUUUGAAAGGAGAUUUUCAGACAGAAUGUUAUUUUUUGUCGCGUGAUAGUUACCAAAUCAAGAACUCUGCUAUACUUUCUCUUUACCUCUUUUUUCUGUUCACUACAGGGUAUCAGAGAGUAAAUCGAUCAAAUCGUUGCUGGAAAAAUACUUGCAUCCAACACAUGCAGAUCCUGUCUUCAAGCAAAGGUAUAUAUUAAUUUAUAUAUAAAACUACUAUAGACACAAUAUCAUUCCAAAAAUUGGAAAAUGAAACUAAUUUCUUCAUACGUGCAGUUAACUCUUGUUACGGCGGAUCUCACCGGAUUGUGGCAUCGCAUAAAAAAUUGGCAUGCAUAGUGUAAACACCCUUGUUUUUUUAUUCCGGUAUAGUGUAAUCCCAGCCUAGAUCCUGAGUACAUUGAGCUGCUAAGCAAACUCGAUUUUGAGCAGGGUGUGUUGCGUGGGCAGUUCUCACACUUUCAUUUCUCGCCCACGUGUUGUGUCACCUGUUCAAAAAUCGCGAAAUGCGGACAUUUUGCGAGGCAUGCUUGCAUAAAUACAAUAGUAAUGAUAAUCUGAUGUGCUUGGAGAACUCGCAGAAAUGAUUCUGAAUCUCUGUCUCAACAUUUACAAACUAACAACAAAACUGGCGAUCAUGUUACUUUCUAUCGUUUUCCGGCUCCAAAACGCUGGAAAUAGACGAAAAGGGGGCCAUGGAUUAUUGCGUGUCAUUAAGGAGACUCGUGCAUUCAGUCAUUCGUGUGCAUGAAAGACAGUUGCAUAUGUAGCUUGCAGUUUGUCGGCGAAAAUUAAUGGGCCAACUCAAAAUCUCCUCAAAAUCUUCAUCCCAUAUCAGCUAUAAGAAGCAAAGAAAAGGUUUGUCGAAUGUAUUUGCGUGUUUUAUUGUAAUAUUUACCUUGCAACGAGUUUAUACAUAUUUAUAUAUUGUAGGUUGAAAGGCUUCAUCGUAAACGCAAGGCUCCCAGACGGCGUUCAGACAUUGAUGUGCCAGCAAGAAAGGGUUAUUUAA